UUCGAAAAUCAGCCUGGAGUUCCGUCUCUUGCCGUCAGGGGGCACUGUUACAGCUCUGUCUGCGCCGGUGGUGGCCAAAAAGCAAAUCGAAACUCCUCAAUGAGUUCACCUUCAGAUACAUAGUUUGUCCCUCUUCUCUGAAGAUUUAUUUUACCAGGUUGACGUUUGGACACAAUGAACGGCUCUCUGGACACUUCUUCCAAAGUGGAAACCAUAAGGCUGAAGCGAGGACCAGCUGGCUUGGGUUUCAAUAUAGUUGGGGGCGUGGACCAGCAGUAUGUGUACAAUGACAGUGGCGUAUACGUGUCUAAAAUCAAAGAAGAUGGAGCUGCAGGCCAGGACGGAAGACUACAGGAGGGCGACAAGAUCCUCUCGAUAAACGGAGCUGUGCUAGAAGGCCGGACACACAAAGCCGUGGUGGAGCUGUUUCGGACAGCUGGGGAGGAAGUGGAGCUCCUUAUACAGAAAAAGGAAUCCCACCACAUGAACGGCUCCACGGGCUCUGAGUCCGAACACCAGUCUCCUGCGUCUAUUCUGGGAUUACUGGCAGUGUUAACGGGAGCUGCCGCAAUCCUCUUUUACAUUUACAGGCGGCGCGCUUAGAAAGCGCAAUGUCUUUACAUAAUUUUUAGGAUCAAAAACCAUUACUAAAUGCCAACUACAUGAGAGAGGGAACAAAAUGUGAAAAGUAGAUCUUGUUUUUGCGAUUAGCAGGUGCUGGUGUCACUGAUGAGGUCCCCCCCCCACACACAUACGUGCAUAUUUUGUGAUUAAUGAUAGCUUUUUGAUACCCCUCCUAUGCAAAAAGUCUUACCACAGAGAUGAGAUAACUUUUAUUAGGUAGCUUUACGAUGGUAAGUAAAAGAAGGGUGUAUACAUUCCUGCUGCUGGACUGAGUUUCUCAGGCAGAAAAAAAUGGCUGCUUGUAUAUGCAAAACUAUUUAAUCUUUGGAUAGAGUCUGACUGCUUGAACCUGAUCAUUAUAAACUGAAAGAGGGUUUAGGUUCAGUCACUUGUAGGCAUCUAAGCCUCCAUCAUUGAAUGGGGGAUCUCUCUGAACUCUACCUUCAUGCUUCACACACAUAGGUUUGAUUUUCAUUUUGAAGUGUUGCACAGAAUUGUGGGAGGAGCAGCACCCUAAUGUGGUGUUUAUCAGGAGCUGUGGCAACUGAUGAAAGCAGUUGCUGUGAUAAAAGCUCAUAAUGGACUUUUUUUUUUGAGUGCCUUUUUCCUGUUUGCAAAGAAACGGAGGAGAUUGCGUUGCUUCAUUUUGCUCUCAAAAUGAAAAUCAGACCCAUCCGCCCUCACUGUAGCCUGUUAAAAGACCAGAACCUAUAAUGAGCCAGUCGUCUCUCUUAAAUGUUUAAAAAUAGACAUCAGAUAUAUUAUUACAUUAAAAAAAAAUAUUUUAUUUAAAGACUUCUGGUGACUGAAACUUAUUGAAAACCUUACUCAAGCAGGAGGAAAUGGUGUAUUUAUUGGGGACUGUUUUCAGCUGCAGAUGAAUACACAUUCAGUGUUCUAAUGAGCAUUCCAAGUACAGGAAGUUGUGUGUGGGAUUAACAUUACUUGGUGCAACAGAGCAGCUGGAUGACAGCGUAGAGCCCUGUGGCUCAGACAGCUAACCUAUGAGAAGAUGGGUUAGUGAAAUCACCUAAUAUUUGGUUAUUAGUCUGUGACACUUGUCCACAGUUUGGUAAUAUGAACUCAGUAGUAUGAAUUUGGUACCUUAGAAAAAAACUCUUGGUCAGGCCACUCAGGGUGAACCGCUGAUCUGAAAUCAGGCUCAUUUCUUCAGGCUGAAACACUCGUCUUAUUGCGAUUUGAGGCCAGUGUGUAUAAAGACACUAAACCUCCUGCUGAGCUUGAACAUAGAUGAACAUACGAAAGAAAUUGUUUGUAUUUGUCUGACGGACCAAACAGCAGCUCGACACUGAAACGCAGCUAAGAAACGAUUUGCUGUCAGCCUCUGUAGAUGUUUUUACGUUUCUUUUUGCACUAGCCACAAUCAUGCAACUCCUCCAUUAAGGACCAUAGUGCAAGUAAAGAAGAAGUGAAUCGUGUCCACUGUGGUGGUGUGUGGUCUGUAAAUACAUUUCAUGUUGCUCUGCUGAGUGAGACGGUAGGAUGUAAAGUAUCUCAGAGAAAGAGAUGUAAAAAGUGUAAUAAAAUAUGCAAGUACUGUGUGUUUGUCAUCCAGCAGGCAACUAUUAAAAUUCACGAAGAAUUAA